GCGCGGGAACAUGGCGGCGGCCGCCGAGGAGCCGGAGGCGACGGACUGGGCGCUGCCGCCGGAGGUGGAGGUGCUGGAGUCCAUCUACCUGGAGGAGCUGCGGGUGGCGCGGGGCUGCGGCAGGUGGGAGCCCUGGGAGAUCAGCAUCACCCUGCACCCCGCCACGGCCCAGGACCAGGACUCCCAGUACGUCCGCUUCACUCUGGUGCUCUCCGUGCCCCCCCAGUACCCCAGCAAAGCUCCAGAGAUCUCGAUCAAGAACCCACGGGGGCUGUCAGAUGAGCAAAUUCAAAAGAUUUCCCAGACCCUCAGAAGUGUUGCUGAAGCCAGGCUGGGGACAGAGGUGCUGUAUGAACUGAUUGAGAAGGGAAAGGAGAUUCUCACUGACAACAACAUUCCUCACGGCCAGUGUGUGAUCUGCCUCUAUGGAUUCCAGGAGAGAGAGGCCUUCACAAAGACUCAGUGCUACCACUACUUCCACUCCCACUGCCUGGCCCGCUAUGCCGAGCACAUGGAGGAGGAGAUCCUCAUGCAGCAAGAAGAGAGAAAGCAGCAGCUGCAGCCAGCCCCCAGACAGGCAGCCACUGUGCAGUGCCCUGUCUGCCGGGAGUCGCUGGUCUACGACCUCUCUGCUCUGAAGGCAGCACCACCCCCAGAGCAGCCACUGGAGCCAUACAGGCCGGAUGCCAAGAUGCUGCAGCACCAGGAAGAGCUACGCUCCAUUUUCAAGAGACAGCAAGAGAAAGGGGGCAUCAUUGACCCCGAAGCAGAGAGGAACCGUUACUUCAUCAGCCUCCAGGCGCCUCCAGCUGCUGUCGAUCCAGGCCAAGCAGGCGCUGCCUCUGAGCUGCCGGUGAGCACAGGCACCGUGGAGGUUUCCCAGGCAGCCAGCCAAGCUUCGGCUCCAGAGCCAGCCAGGGCAGAGCCCCAGGUGCCUUCUGUGCCCACAGAGCACCAGAGCAAGAGGGAGAGGCACAGAGGGGAGAGGCCAGGCCCCAGAGGCAGGCAGUCGUGCAGUGGCUUGCAGGAAGCAGCAGAUGAAGCCUGUUAUCCUCUCCGUGGCUCCAGGGGGCCCAGGGGCUUCGGUCAGAGAUCGGAGCGGAGACCUGGUGGGAGGCACGGCCCGGAGUUUCCAAAGCCUCACAGCAGAAGCAGAGCUGCUGCCUUGGCUGAAAGAAAGGAGCUGUGCCCUGAAGACCCCUCCCCAGUGACAGAGGCGCUGGACUUGAAAGAGGAACACCGCAAUGUGGAGAGAUGGAGCCCAGAGGAGGGGGCCGAGGCCCAUGGUAGGGAAAAGGAAAACCUGGUGUUGAACCGCAGCGAUCACAGGGCACCUCCCGGCUGGCAGGGCCACCACAGGCCCUGGGUUUGUGGGAGGUGGGGGAGGUCCAGGGCCCAAGAGCGUGGUUCCUACCCCAGAGCACCAAGAGGGCGAGGGGCACUCAGACCCAGCGGACAUCAAGAAGCCCAUCUUGAGAAGGAGAGCGGCUCCUAGCAGUGGUGGCGAGGGGCUGGGCAGAGGGAGGGAGGGGUGUUUCUGGGGAGAACAGUGGAGGUUCUGCUGAAACAGUAGCAAGCAGACACUGCCCAUUUGGAGGGAGGAGGCAAUGGGCAUGUGCCAGAGUGAAGCAUCCUAUCACCAGUGCUGGAGUAUCUGAUUUCUUGAAGAUCGCAUCAGCAUUAGCCUCAGAGGAUCCAGGGGACAGAGGAAGCCUUGGCCAGUCACCUGCAGCCAUCAUCUCUGUGAGCUGCCAAGAAACCUGCACUCCUGCAGGGCAAAUGAACUGAGCCCAGCACGGUGCCCUGGCAGAGGCAGAGUUGUGGCAGGACCUUCCCUGGAAGCCAGCAUCCCAGCAGAACCAUGGUGGUGCCAAGUGAGGAGCAGCCUGGAGCUCAGCUGGCUGUGUCCCCCAUUCCUUCUGAGCACCUUCUCAACUCCUGUCCCUAUUCCUUGGAACACUACUCCUGCAGCCCUUACCACUGUUCAGCCAAUGGGCUCUGCCAGGCAGGUCCCUUGGAUGACUGGACACUUCCAGUCCCAGCCAGGGAAGGGCUGUCUGGCGGCUGAGGCUGUGGGUUAGCUCUUGCUUCCCCAGGACGCCCAGGUUUAGCUGGAGCUCCUACCCUGUCCUUCAGCUGCUCUUGUGGCAGCAAAAGCUGACAGGAGAGACUUGAGAAGAGCAUUCUGCCUUGCAACCUGCAUCUGUUGGGGGUCUCCCUCUAAGGCCAGGCUGUCUCCUGGAGCUUUCAACAGCCCGGGGUGAAGACAUGCCCCAAUCCUUUGGAUACUCUUACCCUCCUUUUGUCUUCAAGCUGAUCUUGCUUCAAAGAAAUGAGGAUUUGCUGUAUAAACUAACUUGGUGCAGUUCCUUCUGUUGCUGCUUCACAGAUUUAAAGUAUCCCGCUCCAGAGUCAUGACAGGCAAUCCCAAGCCUCUGAAGUGGGACACUGCCAUUGAAUUAAUUUGUUGGGUCUUCUCCAGAGCCUGCUCCCUGAGUUUUCUCUGCCCUUUUGUUCCUGUUUGUUGCUGUCUGGAGCAAAGGUUUUGGUCUCUGGUAUUGCUCACUCCCCUCCCUGCUCUUUCCACCCAGGGCUGGGGCAGAGGCCUUCACCCUGGCACUCGUGGGUGGAAGGAGGGCUCCCCAGUCCUUGCUUUGCCUGUCUCACUGGGAGCUGUCUGGCUCACACAGACAGCACUUGUUUGUGCCUUGUGCCCCCACCUCUCUUUUGGCCACACAUGGGUUGUUUCUGUCUUCCUUCUCCUGCUGAGUGCAGAAAUGGCCAUGCCACAUUGGACUUGUCAGAGCUUUGGGUGAGAGCCCUUGGAAACCAGGGGCUGUGUGCCAGCAGGGAGGGAGUUUGUGCUGCAUCUGCCUGGCAGACAAUCCUUUGGCACAUCAAGGGUGCACAAAAGCUUUCUUGAGUGAAUCCUCCUCAUCUGCCGCCCUGCUCUCUCCACACCUGGCCUUGUCUGAAAGGGUUGGUUUAACCCACUUCCCAGGAAACUGUGCUUCAGUUUCCAAUGUGAGCCUAUUUUCAUCCCUAAUGCUUUAAAAGCAUUGCAAUUUUUUUGCCCCUCCUUGGUCUGAGCCUGUACUACCUGUCCUGGGCCUGAGGAUCUAAGCCAGAUAUUGUGCCCUGCUCCCUGAAGAGCACCUGUAUUUUUCUUCACUGCUCACUCCGUCCUUGUUCCAGCUGGUUUCUGGGUGAGUGGCCUGUCCACAUUUCUUCUGACAUUGGUGCUUGUUCUGCUGCCUCCUGCCUUCACUUGUGAAAUUGCUGUGCUCCGAGAAAGGCAUUUGGUUGUGUCCUGAAAGAAACAGAAAGAUCUCUGCCCUUGCAGCAGGUGAAGCUCCUUGGCUUCCUCCAGAGGGCCAGGCUUCCUUGGUAGGAAAGCUGCUGUGCUCAGUGUUUGGAGCACAGGAAUUCAGCCAUGGAAAUCAGAGUGAGCAAGGACUUGGGUAACUUAAGUCAAAUGCCAAACAUGUCAGAGAGAGUUUUUUCUGGAAGUAGGGAUUUAGGAAAGGCCCUCACCUUUCUGACUCACUGUCAGCUUGGAGCAGAGGACAUUUUGCAACAGCACAUGGAAAUGAAUUUGGGCCAAACAAAACAAACCUCUGGGUCAGAGGGGAGAAUGGAGCCAGAACCCUGCCCUGGGGCUCUUCACUUGGUGUCCACCUGCAUCACCCACCUACCUCACAGGGCUGUUGUGAGGCUUAACUGGCAAAAGCACUUGGGCUGGGCAAAAGGGUGCCAGCAGUGUCUGUAGCAUCUAUUAACACUAUUAAAGGCAAGCAGAGUGAGA